GAUAAAUUAAUUCACGACUACUUUUCCCAAAUCUUACCUGAUAUUUCCCGGUUAAGAAUGGAAGGCGACCAAAACAAAAUUUUUCUGGAAAUUUUUCUUCCGGAAAUUGACCUAAUAGUAGGGGAAAACAAAGAAAGAAUAAAAGAAAUUGUGCAUGAGGUUAAAUCGCUGCUUGGCAACGAAAAAAUUACCCUCCGCAUCAAUCUAAGGGAAGUGAAAAAUGUUUAUACUGAUGCCCAAGCCAUCGCUAAUCUAACCGCUAGCCAGGGAAAAUUGGUAUUAAAGUUGCCCUUUACAAAGGAAAAUUUUGACGAAAAAAGCAACGGUCAAUUGUUAAUCAAACGAUUUAAUUUUAACAUUAUGGUUGUCGAAAGAACUCUGGCUAUCGUCAAACCUGAUAUAACACAAAGAAAUUUGGUUGGUGAGGUUAUUAGCAUUUGGGAAAAAAAAGGGUUGCGAGUGAUAGAAAUGAAAAUGACCCGUUUGUCUCAGCACCAGGCUACAAUUUUUUACGCGGAGCACCGCGAAAAGGAUUUCUUUGCCGAGAUGGUAAAUUUUAUGUGUAGUGCUCCGGUAGUAAUUGUUUGUUUGGAAGGAGAAAAUGCUAUCAGACUUAACCGAGAAAUUAUGGGGGAAACUAAUCCGGCUUGGGCUCAAAAAGACACGAUUAGGAAAAUUUUUGGAACCAGCAUUACGGCUAACGCCGUGCAUGGCUCUGAUAGCCUUCAAGCAGCCCAACGCGAGAUAAAUUUUUUUUUCUCGGAG